AGGCGUCGCCUAAGGGAAGUUCGCUGCGAAACGGGUCUCCCCUCCGUCGCUUUCGUUUAGGCGCACGCGCACUAAAAGUGCUCCUUCGAGUAAGCGCGCGAGGGCGCGCUAGCCCCGCCCUUUGCACGGUCUGGAGAGAUCUGUAGGCCCCGCCUCCUCCGGUUUUCCCCUCAGCCGCUUGGAGCUUCGGAAGUGAGAGGUGGGUUGAGGUGACCAGCCGAAAGAAGGGCAGGAUUCCUAUUCCCUUGGGUGAGUACAGGUGCACUUACUCAUGCAUGGUUGAGAAAAGCUGCACUCGGAGACCUGAAAUUCCUCUACACAGCUAUUUAAGAAGGUGAUUGUUCCAUUGACCUUGAGGAAGAAGACACAAGCAAGAAGGUGAUGAAUGAGGACAUUCAUAUCAACACAUGGCCCUGUUCCUAUUACAUCAACUCUGAGAAACGAUGGAUUUCUGGCAAGCUCUCGCUGACACCCAUUUCGGUAAGAUUUACAGCUGACCAGUCUGGAGAGCUCCUGGCUAGUUUCCAUCUUUCUGGCAUCAGUGAGAUCAAGAAGGAAGCUUCCAACUUCAUCUUCAGUUCCCUCACUAUUUUAGAAAAGAACACCAAGCACUGGUUCAGUUCCCUUCAACCCAACCGAAAUGUGGUCUUCAAUGUUCUUGAACACUUUUGGAGGGAGCAGUUGCUCUCUUCUGAGGGGGCUGGAGCUGAGGCCAUUUGUCCCCAGGCUUCCAAAGGGAAAGAGCUGACCGGCUUGCUGGCGGGAUCUCAGAAACGCCUAGAAGACACCGCAAAGGUCCUUGAACAUCAGGGCGAACAGUUUGAUAACAUCAUGAAGGGGCUGAACAAGAUUGAAUCGGAGAUGGAUGUAGCGGACAGGUUAUUGUCGGAACUGGAAUCUCCAUCUUGGUGGCCAUUUGGUGGCAAACUGUUGAAAGGGCCCUUAAAUGCAAAGUCAAAGGAAACCCCUGCAGUUUCUGAUUCUAGAAACAAAGACGGAGUAAUAAUACGGAUCCCAGUUAUUAUCACUGAAAGGACGGACUCUCACGCCAAGCCAGGCAAACUCGUCCUCUUGGCUUCUGGCCUGGAGAUCAGCGAUUCCAGUUCUCAGCUCCUUCAUAGGUUUGACAAGAAGGAUGUUGACGAUGUUAAAGUUCAUACGCCAUAUGAAAUAAGCAUCCGCCAGAGGUUCAUUGGGAAACCAGACAUCAGCUAUCGGCUACUGUCAGCAAAAAUGCCAGAAGCCAUCCCCAUCUUAGAAAUGCAGUUCAGCAAGAAAAUACAGUUCAUGGAAGAUGUUCUGGGGUUUGUUGGGGCAAGGAAGACUCAUCAGGAAGAUGUUGGCACUUCCAUUUGGCAAGCAGCAACCGGACUGAUAGGAACCAUAAGGCAAUCCGGAUCGACACCAUCCUCCUCUCAAGGAGCAGGAGGUAGCCAGCAGACUCAGAUACAGAAGCAACAGCAGGUUAUUUCGGAGUCUGAAACUCAGGAAUUGAAACAGAUUCUCCGGAAGCUCAAGAGCCUAGCCUUGGAAACUGAGACGGAACUGGAAAGGCAGGAUGAAGCCCUAGAUGGCAUCACUUCUUCUGUGGAUCGAGCCACUAUGAAUAUUGACAAACAGAACCGCAGAAUGAAGAAGUUAACAUAGUGCCCACGAGAAGCUGUUUGUAACUGUUCAGGCAGCGCUUGCAGCUUGGCGCCCAAGCCAUAAGAUCUCUGAUGUUUAUGUUAGAACUCUCAAGAGGGCUUAUGACAGCAAGAAGAAAAUAUUGAACAAUGGAGGUGAUUUUGAGAGGCUGGCACUGAAUUAGGGGAAGUGCUGUUACAUUAUGGUGAACAGUCAGCUCUUUGUCUUUACAGUUGGAACUGGACAAUAUCCUGACUUGCAGCAGAUUUGAGAAUACUGCAUUGCAUGUUCAUUGGCAGCUUUUUGAAUGAAAAAUAUGUCCCAUGAUGGAAGGGAAUUAAAAGAAUGCAGCAGUUGUGUUUUUGAGAGAAUUGUGAAGUGUGCUCAUGGAGACGAAGGCAAAGCAUGACUUCCCUCAGUUGAUCUGUUUUAUGACUGACAAUACUGUAAUUAAUAAUUUAAAAUAGUACUUUCAGAACUCAGCAUCUUCAUUUAUUCAGCCCUAAAGGGAGUGACUGGCCUUAGCAGUAUGUGAUCAGUGAAUCACUAUGGUCAAAAUGACAUUGGCAGAGACCUACUGGAUUGAGCCCAACGUCCAUCUAAUCCAGUGUUCUGUUUCCACCAGUGGUGAUCUGGGUGCUUCUGGAAAAGGCCAUGAUUAUUUCUAGCAUCUUAUCUUUAGAGCUUUCAUGCUUUUGUACGUGGAGGCACCAUUUAGCUAUCAUGACCAAUAACUACGGAUAGGCUCAUCGUGCAUCAAUUUGCCUAAUCUCCUUUUCAAGCCAUCUAACCAAGUGGCAAUUGCCUGUUAAUUUCCUUAGAUUGACCUGUCAGUUCCUACCUGGAAAUGAAAUCCUCUUCUAUUUCUACAGCUAUUUCUGAACAGUUACUUAAGAGGCAACGAGUGAAGCACCUCUCUUUGAAAAGCCAGUUUCAAUGCUUGUGACACACCAUAGAUACUUAAUAUAAUUGAAAAGGGAAUGACUAAAUAUUGGAACUUCAUUGGUCCUAUUGUUAUAAAAUCUAUUUAGCUAGAUAUGAUUAAUUUUUGCCAAAAAUUGCUUCACAAAAGGUUUUAGAUGUGAUGUAAUAGUGUAUAGAAGAAUCCAGGGGUUUUUUUUGGGGGGAGGGGUCUCUCUCUGGUGUUGAACACAGUGGUUCGAUACUAUUCUGUGUUUACUUUGGCAUAACCAUGUGUCGUAUGUCAAAACUAGUUCUAAAAGUUGAAUUUGUAGAUUUAGAAUUUUUAGUUCUGGAAACCCUAGAGUCAAUGAGAAACUUGGGAUCCAGGAUUAACAUUUGUGGAUUACAUGCUCAAUUGAGUGAUUGCUUUGGCACUAGAAUUUGAAUUGCGGAGCAGUUGCAAGUUAUAAACUAAAGAUGUUUCACUUUCUACAUUUCAGCUAGAAGUUUUGGUAGAUUUAUUGAACAUUACAGACAAAAAUCUGUUUUGGCUGUCUUUUAAUGUUAAUCUAAUGUAUAUUGCCUGCCAAUUACACUUCUAGGUUAAAUUGCUGAAAUAGUAGUUUAAAGAAAGAGUAGAACUGUGCCAAAAUGUGGUGAGGUUCCAUUUUCAGUGCACAAAUUACAUUUCGAAAAGGCAGGGUGGUUGGUUGGGGUAGAAUCCUUGGAACAAUUCUACUUUCAGCUCUUUCCCACAUUUUCUGCAUUUGUUUGCAGCUAAUGUCACUCUGAUUUGCUGCUGCUUUUGUGCACAAGGGAUUCUGUGUGAUCCCAGCUAGUCAGGGAUCACAUAUCAAACAUGAAAACAUCAGUUUUGUCCCUGUGAUAAUGUCCUGGUUGGCAAGCAAAGCCCUUGGCCUUCCCUCUGAAUGUGGGGAAAUAACGGAAAUGUAGCGCAUUUACUAGCUAGCUGGGCUGAUGCUCCCUGUCUUGCUGUACUGUUGCUUUUAUUCUGCAAAAUUUCCACUGGGACCAGAUCUAAUGAUACAUAGCUGCAUGUAGCUAUGUUGGGGCAGUAUCUUUCUAGAGGCAUGUGCCCAUCCAUUGAAAGCACUGCGGUACAUAUGGGCGACAGCCUCAUUCAGCUACACCUCUGUCUGUGAUGUCAUCCAUUUAAUCUCAUGUAUGUUGCCUGCCAAUUACACUCGUACUAUAUUACUUUCAUUGGGUGUGCUUUCAGACAUGCAUCCCCCACCACAUUCUAUCCUAACUUGUUAGCUAUAUGCAUGAUUUGAUCACAGUGAAGGAACGUUGGCCUGGUUACUUCAGCAGCGGAGGCAUGCUCCCUCUUCCCCGCCUUUUUUUUGCAAAGCAUUCAAAAAUUGCUAAAAGAGGUGUGAGUUUUGUGGGGGGCAAAAGUGUUCAUAGGGACACUUCCUCCAAGCCCCAUUUUGACUCAGCACUAGAAAGUGCUUUGGCACAUUAGUGACCAGCUCAUUGCGCCAUGAGUUUUCUUUGGCCAGAGCUGAUUGGUUGUAGAGCAUCCCAUUACCUAGAUGCCAUUUUAUCUAGUGAUUCCUUUGAGGUCAGGUUACCAUGAUGUAAAUGAUCUUUGUGGGACUCUGCCUUCAUUUAGUCAAGCGAAGGAAGAUUCUUGGUGCUAUAUAUCAAGACACUUAUCAUGAAGUGGUUUACUACCGCUAGUUUGAUUUUUGUUGUUAUAGUAAUUAAGUAGCAAACCCAUUAAACAUUUUUUGAAUGCCCAUCUGAGAAUAAAACAAUCAUGGGGUCGUGCAGCCUUUAGUGGCGGAUGACCUUGACAUCAUAAGUCAAGACCUCCAUAAUGAACCUAAAUCAUAAUGCUAACUUGUCUGUCUUUGAACUGUGUUAAUACCCAUUUUAGUUAUUGGUUUGUUGGUGCAUAUGAUUCUGUCAGCCUGCAUGCAGGACAAUUUUCUAAACAUAGUAAUAUACAGGUUACUUCAUAUGCAGUGCAGUAAAUAAUGCAGUCCAAGUGCUGCUUUGGUGCUUGUCUGUUGUAAGUCACCUUUGUCUUAAUGUGAGAAGAAUCUUACGUUUACAAGACUUUGGGUAUUUAGCAUAUUGUUUGUAAGAAUCAUUUGUGUGACAACAAAAGGCCAAAUUUCCACAGGAUUAAAUGAUCUUGUUGGAAACCACAUUUCCCAUGAUACUUUUGCAUGAGAAAAGGAAAAAAAUAGAUCUCAAGAAUUACAGUUAUGCUUCCAUGUUGAUUACUGUAAAACCAAUACUGGCUGUUCCGAACUCGCUGCAAAAUUUUUUAGAGUUCAGAAUUUAAGGCAGAAUUGAAAAGACUCCAACUGACAAAAAAUCAGGGAAUUAAACUACUAAUGCCCGUUUAAAGGAAAUGUAAGAUCAUUGUUAUCAUAUAUACAUAUACCAAAAUACUUGGAUUUGGGGGGAAGGGGAUUGUAUUUAAGCAAAUGUAUCUAACUACUUUGUGGAAUUCAAAUAAUGCAGUGUGAUUUUUUCCAUUACUGAGGCUUCCUGAUAAUGGUGCAGAAUAUAAGCCCAUUGACCUGUCGAUGUCCUAGAUUGCAUAAAAUGAGAUUGUGCAAACACACCCAAAUACAGGGACAGUGACUGACUGUCCUGGCCAACCCCAUUGGAUUCAAACUCAGUGGUGUGUUUUUCUCCCAUUAUGUUUAAUGUGGAAUUUCAGCUUAGAGUGUUUCAUAAAUCAGCUUUAGAGGUCACACAAGAUUCUGCAUCUCUUUGCAGCCUAACUUGAAAUGGUUACUGAAACUAAGAUGUUGUUGCAGCAAUUAGACAUGCCCUUUGAGAUCCUGUAAGUAGGCUCACGGUGGGCUUUCUGUUUGCAUGGGGAAAGUUUCUCUGAAUGGGAUUGUGUGCACAAACAAGCACUCCUAAGUUGAAAACCUGGCGCUCUCUGUGCAUGCCUGCACAUCCUUGGUGAUGACGUUGGCACUUAAUUGAUAUAGACACCAUCUCAGACUGAGUCUCCGGCUCUUCCUCCUCUUAAGAGGCAUGCACGGUGACAGCUCAGACGAAGAGGGAGGGUAGAUUGGGGGAGAAGGGACUGACGUUGUCAGACAUCCCUUCUUAGUUGUAACUGGAGCUAAGGGGAUGGAGCGCUGACUGCCAAAAGUGCCAAAGCCGCCUGUUUCAGUCCGCCACUGCUGCAACCCACUGGGCCCCUCCCCCAGAUCCCAUUCUGUUUCUUCCACCUCCUGAUCACUCCAUGGGGCUCAUGACAUCAACUGUACACAGCACCUGCACUUUAUUAGUUUAUGUUUACCUUUUUCUCUUAAAGGCCUUGCUUUUGUUUUUAUCUUUCAUGAGUUGCGUUUUUUUAUUUAUUUAUUUAUUUAUUAAAUUUAUACCCUGCCCUUCCUCCCAGGGGGAGCCCAAAUGGUAAUGAUUGAAUUUGGAUUCCUUGACUUUUGGAGGUUUUGUCAAAUAGCUUUGUUUAGAAUGUGUUCAAAAUGAUUUUUCAAGUUUGAAUUUGGAUGUUGCAGCGCAUUCUUUCCUGUUAUUAAAACGGUGGAAUAUA